CUUUCCUUCUACUCCACAUCCCCAGAGCUCACCACCACCACCACCACCACCACCACUAUCGACAUCGAAUCCUCCAAACGAGCCAUCAUGGAGACCAGUCCAUUCCGCAUCAUUGAGCACUCGAUUCCCGGCCAGCAUAUCCGCGAUCACCACCACGCCAUCAGAGGCCGCCAAGAGACCGCUCUCCGCCUCGCCAUCAAACAAUACAUCCCUGUCGACCGACCCGACCCGAUCCCCGAGCAUGCUGUCACUAUCAUCGGUGCGCACGGCACAGGCUUUCCCAAGGAAAUCUACGAGCCUCUAUGGGAAGACCUCUACGCCCAGAUGAAGCAACACUCGAUCCCGCUGCGGGCCAUCUGGGUCGCCGACGUCUCGAACCAGGGAGCCAGCGGUGUGCUGAAUGAGGAUAUCCAAGGCGAUCACACAAACUGGUUUGACCACUCCCGCGACCUCCUGCAUAUGGUCAACCACUUCCGCGAGGAAAUGACCCGUCCGAUCAUCGGAGUCGCACAUAGCAUGGGAUGUGCGCAGCUAGUCCAACUAUCAAUCAUGCACCCGCGCCUGCUGUCCACCCUCAUCCUCAUCGAACCCGUCAUCCUCGACUUCGCCGGCCGCACCGCGCGCAGCCCCAACCCGUCCCGCUCCGCCGCCCUCCGCAGAGAUCUGUGGCCCUCGCGCGCCGCCGCCGAAUCCGCCCUCCGCAAGUCGCUAUUGCGCCGCUGGGACCCCCGCGCCGCGUCGCGGUACCUCCACUUCGGGCUGCGCGAGCUUCCGACCCGGCUAUAUCCUGCUGUUGACACCAGCACUCUCCCGAGCCUCGGAGACAGCAGCAGCAGCAGCAGCAGCAACAACAACGACAACAAAAACUCCCCAGACCCCCCAAUUGCCCAAAACCCACCACCACCCCCACCCACCGCGGUAACCCUAACAACCACCAAACACCACGAAGCAUGGAGCUACAGCGUCCCCAACCUAGAACCCGCCAGCGCACACCUCGACCCCCUCCUCCUACCAGACUGGGACACCGAAUUCGAGCGGCCCUUCCGUGUCUCUCGCCCGGAGUGCCAGAUCAGCAUGCGCAAUCUUCCCUCCGUGCGGCCGAGCGUGCUCUGGGUCUUCGGCGGAAAGAGCUAUCUCUCGCCGCCGGCGGAGCAAGACAAGAAGGUCCGGUUGACGGGGUCCGGGACCGGUGGGAGUGGUGGGGUGGCAGACGGGAAAGUGGAGAAGGCGGUGCUGGGGACGGGGUCGCAUAUGUUGGUUGUGGAGCAGGUGGGGUGGUGCGCGGGGACGAUUGCCGGAUGGUUGGGGGGAUGGUUCAAGCGGUAUGAGAAGGAGGAGCGGUUCUGGGGGGGUUAUCAGUCCAAAAAAUCGGACGGGGGCGAGAUGUUAAGGCUUUCGGAGGAGGGGUUGGAGGCUUCAGUGGGGGAUCUGGGGGUGGAAAGGCCGAGGGGAAAGGCGAAGUUGUAGACCUGACCUGGCUGUGGGUGCUGUGCUGGUUCUGAGGGUAUUCGGUGGGGGUGGUUGUCUUGUUGCUUGCUGGGAUAAUGAAGGGUUGUCCGCAUUGAUACGCGUAGGCUAGAGUCGUGGGUCAAGUAGGCUCAAGCUUUAGGAGACUCCCACACUUCCCCAUAUUCUCUUCGUUAGAUCAGUUCAGGGAAAGAAAUCCAUCCUACAAGCGAAACAUGACUACAUUUUGAACUUAUAGCCCUAGACACGCCC